CUACAGCUUCGGCACACCGACUACUUGAGCAACAAAUAUCUAUCACUAUUACCCUUUACGACCGGACAUUCCUUCAUCUCACCGCAAGAGUUCACUUCAUCGUCAUUCAAGAUGCCCGUAGUCACCUACUCUCUUGAUAAUGCCAUCGACAAGUUCUUCUCGGAGGCUGGGGCGUCAUCCUCCAGGACAGAAUGCGACGAGUAUGCGCGCCAAAUUUGCGGCGGAGAGGUCAAGCCCAACUAUCACCAAGGCAUUAGUAGCUACACUGUCAUUGCGGGGCCGAGCAGCAACAAGAUUGUUCAGUUCCGCGAUAAGACCGCACUGCUGGAUAUGAGAUCUCUCGCUCUGGCAAAAGAGAUUCACCCAGAUCUUGUCUCCAGCUGUUCGGAGCUAGGGUGGAUCGGCCACACAAAGGGACAACAGCUUGCAGUAUAUGAGAUGGAUAGGCUUCCUGGAGAGAACUAUAUCACGGCUUCCAUGUCUUUCAAGGGUGAACAGCACAUGCGUACAGUGACUAGCCUGGCAAAGUUUUUCGCACAGUCGUGGCAAAGAGGCAUGCCAAAAGAUCCAAACUUGAUCGACUUACCUGCCGUCAGCGCCGAAUGCCACGCCAGAUUGGAAUACCUAGCUGGUGCCUUACCCGAGCGAUUUAUCCCUAUAAUCACCCAAGUGCAAGCCACCUUGCCAGCCCUUCUUGACGGAACCUAUCCGGUGGUCCUUACACAUAGCGACUUGAAUCAGAUGAAUAUCCUGGUCGAUCCCGUGAGAGGAAACAUUACAGCCGUUGUUGACUGGGCUGGGGCAAGCUACCUGCCCUUUGGCUUUACUCUGUACGCACUAGAGCACGCCCUAGGAAAGAUGGACUAUGUCGGAUGGAAGUGGAUCGACAACGUCAAUGAACUGAGGAAUGCGUUUUGGAGUGUCUUUAAACAGAAUAGCGGCAUAUCUGAAGCUCAGAUGGACCUUGCUAAGGUUGCAGGCAAGGCGGGUGUUCUUGUUCGAUACGGUACUCCUUUUGACGCUAACUUCACGGGGAUGUUAGGGGUUUGUGACCCGGACGGGUGUGAUCUUCGAGAACUUAAUGCGUUCCUAUUUGAACAAACGACUUGAUCCGCCAACCGGUUGACAUCAAGUGCGGGAACGAGUAAGAUAGAUACUUUACUAGUUACUUGCAUAGUACUAGACGACAUUUGGUGUUACAGGAGUUAAUUUGCAAGAUGCAACCUGGGAUACAGCUUGCUUCUUCAAGCCACGUUAAAAUACGCGAGUCUCUUUUUUCUCGCGAUGCUUUGUCAGGCCUUCGUGCCUGAAGCUUUGGCCGUUGCACAUAUAACCUUGAAGAAAAUGGGUGGAAGGGUCAGGUGCCUAUGGCACCACUAGAUUAGCCUGUCAGCCUUCUCCAGCCUGUUGAUAUUGAUGGGUCAUACAGGUGGGUUAGGCGUUAGCCUAAGUGCGGCUGAGCUUAUAACCGUGCACUAAAUGCAUUGAAACAAGAGUGGUAUUAUGGGUACAAUGCAUUGGAAUUUGGGAUAUAUAUAUAGUAUAUUUAUACAUAAGUGAGUUUUAUACAUGCGAUUUUACGCAUAUAUUUAAUACAGCCCAAUCACAUCCUCCGACACCCACCACACGGCGAAUAUAUCACCACAUUCGCCUGCCACAAAAUGUAUGACAGACUGGCCCCUGACUCAAAUAAACCAGAAAGGUUGCGCAGAUUAGAGACGUCUCAUUGGUAACCGCUAUGGAAACAAGCAAACGAAGUCUAGCCCUGUUGAGUAGCAAGAGCCCGUCACGCGGGCAAAGACCCUAGACAGAGAACCUAGUUAACGACACUGGCCUCACGCAGUGCCUCUAUAAUGAGAUCCUCCACAUCUACGGCCUCCACAUCCGGCAAUGCCUUGCCAUCAGUGAAGACCUGGUGUGUGCCCUUUGUCGUCUUGGAGUGAGAAGACUCGUUGCCCUUAAGCUCAGUGAAUGGCUCCAGAUCCGCGGCGUUCCAGCCUGUGGUUCGGUACGUCUCGGUUGGUUUGACCGCAGUGGAGGGUAGCAUGACGGUUCCGUCCCUGUCCGAGAGAACAAAUUCCUUCAUGUACUUCCCGAGGCAGUCCUGCUCCAGAACCUCGAUGCCGAUGACGUCCGUGAGGUUGUUCAACUGGAAAUACUUCCGCGCGGCGUAAAUGAAGGCAUCAUCGUUGGCCGUCAUAACUGGGGGAGUGCCAGCGCGGUACUCGUAAGGGUGGAACUGGUUGUCUUCGCACAGCACGAAGACGAAGCCGUGCAGAGCGCUCAAGUCCAGCUUGUCGGCUUGGAUAGGGCGGGUCCAGAAGCCUGGAAGCUUGUUCAUAGGUCGACCGAACAUGACAUUGCCCGCGGCCAUCUUCACGUGUCCGUGGACCAGAUGGAAUCCAAACUUGUUGUGGACGUUAAAUUUUUUGACCAGAGCCCGGAGGCCGGCGAUGAACACAUCGUCCACUUGAGGCUGGUCCGCGUCGUCGGGAAGGGAGUUGUAGCUUUAUCACUAGAUAUUCAGCGCAAUUAUUUGAACUUUCUUACAUAAAGGGAGGCUUACAGGGCGUUAGACCUGCGCAUAUCCGCCAAGGUAGGCUUUAGGUGAAGGCCGGGGAUGGAUAGAAUCUGGCGAGGGGGAGGGGCUAUUGCGGUGGCCAUGGUGGUAAGUGAGCUUUUCUUCUUCUCUUAAGUGGUUUUGGGCAAUAUGAAGGUAGAUUGUUGCUUUAACAAAUAGAGGAAUAAUCUUUUUUUUGGAAUAUCCUGGGCAACGAGAAAACUUCGCCGAUGGGUGCAGAGAGGAGGCCAAAAACGAUUUUCAGGCGAGGGAGAGUCUCAUUAAUAUGCUUCGGUCAAAGUUUCGAUCUACGUCGAUUAGACCUUUGAUGGUCACCCUCGCGUGGAAGAGGGGAGGUUAUACAUACUGUAAAUGCCUGGUUCCCUUUAGGAUAACUAAACCACGCUAAACAUGCCUGCAAAAUCGCGAUUUGUAUUCCGAAACUGGAAGCACCCUCUUUCUGCCCAACAUCCUAAAUUACUGCGGGACAGCUUCAUCCUACAACACCCCUGAAGUGACAGCGAAGCAACAUAUGCACAUCAUAAGACCGCUUGCAGGAGCAAGGAGGUUGGGAAAAUGGAUAGUCUGGGUGAAUGGAGA